AUGAAUAAAAUAAAUGAACAAGUUAAAGAAAUUGAUGUAUCAUUGUUAAAUACGACAAUUGAAUUAUCAGCACUUAUUGAUAAUUUAUCAAGAUUUAAAACUCCAAAUGAAUGGGCAUCAAUAACAUAUUAUGAAAAAAAUAAUUCAAUUGGUACAUUUACAUCAAAUGAAAAUAUAAUAAUUGUUGAUGGUAGUACUGGUCCAUCAUUACGUUCAAGAUUUUGUAUUGGUUAUUUUGGUGAUAAAUUAAAUAAACAACAAGAAUUUAAAAAAGCAAGAAGUCUUAUUAGAGCUGGUGUUAAAUUUUUUUAUGAUGGUAAUGAUGUUUUUGUUACAAAUAAUUCAGCAACUGAUUUAUUUGUUCAUCCACUUGGUUUGAAUAAAUAUAAUAAUAGAACAGAUAAUACUGUUUAUCGUGUAAUAUCAAAAAAAACAUUUUUAAUAUUUAACAAAUCAAUAUUUCAACGACAAUUGUUGGAUCAUCUACAAGAGAGUGAUGAAGCUGCUGGUGAAUUAUAUAAUUCAUGUAUCAUAAGAAUGUCAUUUACAAAUGGCUGGGGUUUUAAAAGAUCUAUCAAUGAUAUAACAGCAAUACCAUGUUGGCUUGAAAUUAAAUUACAUAUCCCAAUUGGAAUACUAGAAUCAGUACUGGGACCAUCAAUAAAACCACCAGCUCUUGGACAUCGAAAAUAUGCAUCAAUAAAUCCAUCAAAUUGUCAUAAAAGCCAUUAUUAUUAUUAA